CUGGUGACGCCCCUUCAUGUCACCAGCGACUAUUAAGAGGAGGACAGACGUUUUCCAGCUGUGUUGUGACUUGGCACUUCCUCUCCUGGCUUCACCCCCGUCUUCCAUCCUUUCUAUGAAGGUUUGGCCGUCCACUAGUCGGGUAUGGGGGAGAGGAAAAGUCCACCAUUUCACUGGAAGUUCCCAAAAGGAGAGCACUGGAGUGUCUUUUUUGUCUUGUCGCUCACCAGGUUAUAGACAAGCCCGGUGACGCAAAGGGUUGACUCAGGAGGGGACAGGCUAAUACUUGCAAGGAUCCCCUGGCUGGCAUUCAUGAAGACGCGGUGAAAGUGAAACAUGACGUUUGCAGUCAUGAUGCGGAUACUUUUAUGUCUUCUCAGUGCACCGGCGUUUACACGUGAGACCGUUACGUCCCGCAGAGAGACAGCAAGCAGUCCAAAAGCUCUUCUGACGAUAUUGGGUAAAGAAUGCAAGUUUCCUUUUCGCCAAGGAGGACAAAUUCAUCAUAGCUGCAUCACGGUCAUUGUCUCCAGACCUUGGUGUUCUCUAACAUCUAAUUUUGACCGGGACCGUCUGUGGGGUUACUGCGCCCUGGAGCAACAACAUACCAAUGGCUCCGUCCACACGUCACGAAGAAUCAUCAAUCCAUGUAAGGAAAAGCCGUGUCACAACGGAGGCACCUGCAUCCCACACAAGCUAGCAUUUGAGUGUCUGUGUCCCGAGAAGUUCUCUGGAAAAAAUUGUGAGCACAAAAAGUGCUAUGAAACUGUACACCUGCACUAUUAUGUUGAGGGAGAGUCUUGGGGUCGCAUUUACCUUCGCAACGUAGAGCAGUGCACAUGCAUCCAUGGUCAAAUCGAGUGUCAGCGAGUCCGUUACACUACGUGCCGCUCCAACCCGUGUCAGAAUGAUGGAACGUGCCGGAUGAUCAUAGCCACCGGCAAGGAAGUGUGUAACUGCCGAAAGAGCUACAGCGGACCGCUCUGUAGCUUUGAGCCCGAUAGCGAGUGCUACAGCAGUCGAGGUACAAACUACAGGGGCAUGGUGUCUUCCACGGUGUCCGGCACCCAAUGUCUGCCGUGGAACUCAGACCUGCUCUACAAUGAGCUUCACGUGGGCACCGUGCAGGCAGCUCCCCUCAGGGGCCUCGGGGAGCACGCCUACUGCAGAAAUCCUGAUGGAGACAAGAUGCCGUGGUGUUACACUCUGAAUAAGGGCGCCAUCUCCUGGGAGUACUGUGACGUGCUUUCCUGCAAGAUGCCUUUCUCCUCUUCUCGUCGGAUGAACAUGUUCAACACGCUCCCAGGACUCGGCAAUGCUAAGCCAUCCAAGCCAGCUUCAAAGAAGGCCGUGUGCGGUACAAAGCACAAGAAGAGAGUGUCGGUCGCCAGGGGAAGGAUCAUGGGAGGAAACGCUGCACUUCCUGGUACUCAUCCCUGGAUGGCUGCCAUUUAUUACGGAGAGUCUGAAUUCUGCGCCGGAACCUUAAUCGCCUCCUGCUGGGUUGUCUCUGCAGCACACUGUUUAUUUCGGAAUCCCCUGACGUCCCAGCUUCGAGUGGUCCUCGGCCAGCACCACUUCAACGUGAGCGGCAGGGACACAAGAACGUUUGGAGUGGACAAGUACAUCUUUCCCAAACAGUUCUCCGUGUUUAACCCUACACUACAUGACAUCGUCUUGAUCAAACUGAAGAAACAAAACGGCCAAUGCGUCAAGAGGACACAGUUCAUCAGACCCAUUUGUCUCCCAGAUGGAAAUGUCUCCUUCCCUGAUGGCUACUGCUGCACCAUCAGCGGAUGGGGUCGCUUGCAUGAGAAAGCAGAUGGUUACUCCAAUCUGCAAGAAGCCGGAGUGAGGCUAAUCCGCCAUGACGUGUGUCGGAAACCAGAGGUGUUUGGCAACCAUGUCACUGCCAAUAUGAUUUGUGCGGGGCUCAACGGUUGUGUGGACGCUUGUCAGUCCAGGGGUCACCAACGCGGUCCCGCGGGCACCCGGUCGCCCAUAAGAACCAGAGGAAUCGCCCGCUGGCCUGUUCUAAAAAUAGUUCAAAUAGCAGCUGUGGAGAGGCGACGCCGAAGGUCCGACAGAGAGGCAGGGCAUGGCGGCGGGGGAGAAGGAGAGAACGGGGCUGGUGAUGGAGCAACCCAUAUGAGGAAGGAACGAGAGACAACAACACGAGCAGCAGCGCGUGCAACCCGGAAGAGAGCGAGAGGCAGACGCAGACAACGGGAAGGCUGAAAAGCAAAAGCAAAAGACUUGUUUAUUGAAAGAAGUCUACACCUGCUCAAAAGGCAUGUCCUUCCUUGGUGGUCCUGGAACCCGCAAGACGACGGCUUGAGUCUAAUGAGUGUACAAAGCAAACGUCCUGACCUCAAUUUGGCUCAGUGUGCCAAACACUGCACCUACAGGAAACAGAUGUUUGAACAAUAACGAACAUAACAGGAAACUAAGCAAACACUGCACAUACAGGAAACAGAUGCUUGAGCAACAACCAACUUAACAGGAAACCAAGAGUACUUCCUAGACACGAGACACAUAGCAACUGACGUCAGUCAGUAGACUGACCAAUCAGAUAACUACUAGCACAGUGUAUAUAAGCUGCUGUACAACAAACUCUCAGACAGAUCGCUUUGGGUUUUCCUGGUACUACUGUUCAAGUGUACUAUACGAUCUCCGCUCUCUGCAGACUGCGUUUAAUAAAAUACUUCUACUUGACUCAA